AUGGCUGACAUACACAAUCUUGAAUUCGCUAUUUACGAUCAAAAUAAGUUUCCAAAGUUUAACAAAAACUCUGGUCCUUCUCCAUAUUGGGAUAAGCCUACCGAAGGCCCUUCUUACAUUAAGCCUGAGGAUCGCCAAAAACCAUUGGUUCCCUCUGGAAAGCUUCAAGAGAAAUAUGGCCAAGAGGCUGUUGAUCUAAGCCCUCUUCUUGGUACCACUUUUAACGAUAAUGCUCGUCUUGUGGAAGUUCUUAAAGAUGACGAUCUGAUUCGUGAUUUGGCAAUCAAAAUUUCCCAGCGUGGUGUUGUCAUUUUCAAGCAUCAAGAUGAUCUUUCAACUGAUCAACAAAAGGAACUGCUUCAAAAGCUUGGUUUGCUUUCUGGUAAGCCCAAAGAUAAUGGUCUUUAUAUUCAUCCUAUUGCUCCGGCUGGUGGCAUUGUAGGACCUGAUGGCCUUGUUGAUCCCAAUCUUUCCUUUAUUUCCAGCAGACUUGGUGGUGAAUACAAAAAGGAAGAACGCUUUUACCCUACUGCCUAUAGCUGGCACUCUGAUGUUACCUUUGAGCCCGUUCCUCCUGACUACACUUCUUUAAGACUUGUUGAGGUUCCUGAAACUGGUGGUGAUACCUUCUGGGCAAACGGCUAUGCUCUUUACGAAAAACUUUCGCCUUCCCUUAGAAAGUAUCUUGAGACUCUUACAGGUACUUUUGCCCAACCCAAGUGGAAUGAAGUUGGUGACAGAAAGGGAUUUGCUGUUUAUUCAGAUGUUCGUGGUGCCCCUGAAAACAUAGGCGAGCUUCUCAUUGCGAUUCACAAAGUUGUACGUACCAACCCUGUCACCGGAUGGAAAUCUCUUUUUGCAGUUGGUGAACACUUUUCAAAGUUUAACGAUGUUACUCCCCUUGAGUCUAAGCUUUUAAAGGAUUUUAUCUGGAAUACUUUAGCCCAAUCUCAUGACAUUCAAGUAAGACACAAGUGGGAAAAGUUUGACAUUGCUAUUUGGGAUAACAGAUCAGCUUAUCACGCAAUUAACAAGGAUGUUCAUUAUUUCGAUCAUUAUAUUAGAACCGGUAUUCGUACAUUGAGCAGUGGUGAAAGACCAUACUUGGACCCCAAUAGUCCUACUCAAUCUGAAGCACUUAAAAAAAAAGCUGAGGAAGAAAAAGAAAAUCAAGAGAAAAAAUAA